CACCAUUUACCUUGAUGACAGCUUUGUACAAUAUUGGCAUUAUCUUAACCAGCUUCAUGAGGUAGUCACCAGUAAUGAUUUUCAGUUAACAGGUGUGCCUUGUUAAAAGUUAAUUGAGCGGAAUUUCUUGCCCUCUUGAUGCGUUUUAGACCAUCAGUUGUGUUGUGUCGUGGUGGUGUCAGUACACAGUAAAAAGCCCUAUUGGACAACUGUACAAAUCCAUAUUAUGUCAAGAACUGCUCAACUAAGUGGAGAGAAACGACAGUCCAUCAUUACUUUAAGACAUGAAGGUCAGUCAAUACGGAAAAUUGCAACAACUUUGAAUGUAUCCUCGAGUGUAGCUGAAGAGAACAGCCUCAGAUAUCGCCAGUUAACAGCACUUCAGAUUAGUCCACAUGAACCCUUCACAGAAAACCUGUAUUUCUUGACGCGGCAGCGCUGCAAUGCACCAGUUUAGCCGCUAGAUGGAAGUGACGACGCUGCUUCAAAACCCCUAAACUUUAUGUAUAAAAGAAAAAAAAAAAAGAGGUGAAGAGAAAAGGAAGGAAGCUAGCAUCAGCGGCAGCGGCAGUGACCGGGUGUGAACUUUAGCGGGUAGCUCACAACUUUACUGUGGUUCACGAAAAAAAGAAGAAGAAAAAAAGAAACUAAACUCCGGCAGCGGCAGCAGCAGCAGCAGCAGCAGCUUCCUCUCAGCCCAGUCCAGCCCAGGGGAAACGAGGAAGUGAACAGCUGACUGACUUCCAUUUGUUUUCCGCCGGGCAAGAAAGAUGGUGUACAGAUGUUGACUGUGGAGUCUCCAGACUGGGACAUGUUGUCUCUCAGAGCCAGACCUCCUCUGUCCUGACACAGGGAGUUUUACAACCAGGAUCCGGACUUGUCUACCUCAACACACGUGGAGUCCACUCCCUCUGUUUUACCUCUUAGGACAUCCACUACUCCUUUUCUACCUCAGCACGUACUGUACCCUCACGUAGCUGUUAUCAGCCAGCUGAGAAACGCCAACAGACCCUUCACUUUAUCACCACGGCUCUCAGUAGUCAGACAUCCAGCGAUAGUUGAGAGGGUUUCUUCCUGCUUUGCCGCCAUAAUCGCUAUCUGACCCCUGUGCUGGGAGGAGCCACCUGAAGCAGCCAUGUUACGUGUUGGUCUGUGAUGUCCGAGCCCUGCGAAGGACCAGGAGCUGGAUCAGGAGUAGAGGACGGAAAGGGGUGGGGUGACAGAGACUUUCCUCGGUUCGUGGUUGGCUGUGAAGAUGAUGAGCAGGACAUGGGUCAAAUGGAGGCAGGCAUGAAGAACGAGAUGUUUCGAGAAGAAGAAAUGGAGGAUGAUGAAGAUGAGUCGCCAUCAGAGCGACAGAUUGUGGUCGGCAUAUGUGCCAUGAUGAAGAAGUCCAAAUCCAAGCCCAUGACUCAGAUCCUGGAGCGCCUUUGUAAGUUUGACUACAUCGACGUGGUCAUCUUUCCCGAGGAGGUGAUCCUGGAGGAGCCUGUGGAGAAAUGGCCGCUCUGCGACUGCCUCAUCUCCUUUCACUCCAAAGGUUUUCCUCUUGACAAAGCUGUGGAGUAUGCCCAGCUUAGGAAUCCACUGCUCAUCAACGACCUCAAUAUGCAGUAUUUCAUACAGGACAGGAGGGAAGUGUACCGGAUCCUACAAGAAGAGGGCAUUGACCUACCUCGUUAUGCUGUGUUAAACCGAGAUCCCGACAAUCCUGAAGAGUGUAACCUUGUGGAGGGGGAGGACCAUGUCGAGGUGAAUGGGGAGGUGUUCCCUAAACCCUUCGUGGAGAAACCUGUGUGUGCUGAGGACCAUAAUGUCUACAUUUAUUACCCAACCUCUGCUGGAGGAGGCAGCCAGAGACUCUUCAGAAAGAUAGGGAGUCGUAGCAGCGUUUACUCCCCAGAGAGCAGCGUACGAAAGACUGGAUCCUACAUCUAUGAGGAGUUCAUGCCCACAGAUGGUACUGAUGUGAAGGUUUACACAGUGGGUCCAGACUACGCCCAUGCUGAGGCCCGAAAGUCUCCUGCUCUGGACGGAAAGGUAGAGAGGGAUAGUGAAGGGAAGGAGAUCCGCUACCCCGUCAUGCUGACCGCCAUGGAGAAGCUGGUGGCCCGCAAGGUCUGCCUGGCAUUCAAGCAAACGGUGUGUGGGUUUGAUCUGCUCAGAGCCAAUGGCCACUCCUUCGUCUGUGACGUUAACGGUUUCAGCUUCGUCAAAAACUCCAUGAAGUACUAUGACGACUGUGCCAAAGUCCUGGGGAACAUGGUGAUGAGAGAGUUAGCCCCCCAGUUGCACAUCCCCUGGUCCAUCCCCAUGGAGGCUGAAGACAUCCCCAUCGUCCCCACAACCUCAGGAACCAUGAUGGAGCUGCGCUGCGUUAUUGCCAUCAUCCGCCAUGGAGACCGCACACCAAAGCAAAAGAUGAAAAUGGAGGUCCGACAUCCUCUAUUCUUCGAGUUGUUUGAGAAGUAUGGAGGCUACAAGUCAGGGAAGCUAAAGCUAAAGAAGCCAAAACAGCUACAGGAAGUGCUGGAUAUCGCCCGCCUGCUGCUGGACGAACUGGGCCAGCACAACGACUGUGAGAUCGAGGAGAAGAAAUCUAAACUGGAACAACUCAAGACUGUCCUGGAGAUGUACGGUCAUUUCUCAGGUAUCAACAGGAAAGUCCAGCUGACCUACCUGCGUAACGGCCAACCUAAAGCCUCCAGCGAAGAGGAAGACUCUAAGAAGGACGGUCCUUCUCUGCUGCUGGUGUUGAAGUGGGGCGGGGAGCUGACACCUGCAGGCCGGGUUCAGGCUGAGGAGCUGGGCAGGGCCUUUCGCUGCAUGUAUCCUGGAGGUCAAGGUGACUAUGCUGGGUUUCCAGGCUGUGGCCUCCUGCGCCUGCACAGCACUUACCGCCAUGACUUGAAGAUCUACGCCUCUGACGAAGGCAGAGUGCAGAUGACAGCUGCUGCUUUCGCCAAGGGUCUGCUGGCUCUAGAGGGAGAGUUGACACCGAUCCUGGUCCAGAUGGUGAAGAGUGCCAACAUGAAUGGACUGCUGGACAGCGACAGCGACUCUCUGACUGACUGCCAACAGAAGGUGAAGGCCCGGCUACAUGAAAUCAUGCAGAAGGAUCAGGAGUAUACUCCGCAGGACUACGAGAAGUUGGCCCCAACAGGUAGCCCAUCACUGGUGAACUCCAUGAAGGUCAUAGAGAAUCCAGUCACGACCUGUGACAAGGUGUACGCCCUCAUCCAGAGUCUGACCUCACAGAUCCGAAAGAGACUGGAGGACCCCAAGUCUGCAGACCUGCAGCUUUACCACAGCGAGACGUUGGAGCUGAUGCUGCAGCGCUGGUCCAAACUAGAGAGAGACUUCCGCAUGAAGAACGGGCGCUAUGACAUCAGCAAGAUCCCAGAUAUAUACGACUGUAUCAAAUAUGACUCGCAGCACAACGCCUCGCUGGGACUGGAGGACACGCUGGAGCUGUUCAGACUGUCACGUGCCCUGGCUGACAUAGUUAUACCACAGGAGUAUGGAAUCAGCAAAGCUGAGAAACUGGACAUUGCUCAGGCAUACUGUGUUCCUCUGAUGAAGAAAAUCCAGCUGGACCUGCAGAGGACCCAUGAGGAUGAGGCAGUUAACAAGCUGCACCCUCUGUAUUCUCGGGGUGUGAUGUCUCCUGGUCGUCACGUCCGGACACGUCUCUACUUCACCAGCGAGAGCCACGUUCACUCCCUGCUCAGCAUCUUCCGCUACGGAGGACUGCUGGAUGAGGAGAAGGACCAGCAGUGGAAACAGGCGAUGGAUUACCUGAGUGCUGUGACUGAACUCAACUAUAUGACACAGAUUGUCAUCAUGCUGUAUGAGGACAACAAUAAGGACCCGUCCUCAGAGGAGCGUUUCCAUGUUGAGCUUCACUUCAGUCCGGGAGUCAAAGGAUGUGAAGAUGAGGAGAACGUGCCUCUUGGCUUCGGCUUCCGCCCAGCUUCCUCUGAGAACCAGGACAAAAAGCCGAAUCAGGGCAGUCUGGAGGACCUUUCCCAGGACCAACCAGACCAGGCACUUCCUGUUUCAGAGCCGAUCAACAUCCAGCGAAGGUCUCCCAUGAUUCGCAACCGCAAGACCGGCUCCAUGGAGGUCCUCUCUGAGACCUCUCCCACCCAGUCCUCCAAAGGCUGCACGUCCCACCGACUCUUCCCCUCGUGUUCACGCCAGUCUCCUGAGAUCAAACCAACCAGUGGCUUAGGCUCGCUCUGCUCUGGCCUCUUCAGUGCCUCUGCCCUUGGGGUGUCCUGUAGCGCCCCCAACCUGCGGGACUACGUCCGCACUCACCACCACCACCACCGAAAACCACCUCUGUCCCCCGGCAGUCUGCCAUGCCAGAUUGGCAUGUUCGAGCUGUUCUCUAUGCCGGCAGUAAAGAGAUUUUCUGUGUCGUUUGCCAGGCAUCCGACUAAUGGGUUUGAAGGCUGCUCCAUGGUGCCCUCUAUCUACCCACUGGAGACGCUGCACAACUCGCUCUCUCUGAAGCAGGUGGACGAGUUUCUCAACACGGUGUGUGAGAGCAGCAGCGAGGCCCACGCCAAAACCAUGAAAGCGCUCUCCAGUCUGUUUGACUCUCAGAGCCAGACGUCUCUGUACAGCCCUCAGCAGCCUCUGUCCUCCUCCGGGUCUGAGACGUCUCUUCGGCCUCCAAGUCGGCCUCUGUGGCAUGGCAGCAUCCCCUCCAGUGCUGUCUCCAGUGCGGGCCCCUCUUCCCCGAUCACAGAGAGCUCCGGCCUCAACUUCAGCUUCAGUGAGUAGAUUGUUUGUCUGAAAAACACAAGGACUUCUGGGUUUCUGAGGGCACGAUCUGAAGACCUCGGUGUAACCGUCUCUCCGGGCUUUUCUUCAUCUUUUCCUUUGUACUUCUGCUCACAUUCAUAAAAAAACACACUGGAGGGAGACGCUGAUUCUGCAGAGAGGCCGCUCUGCCUCGGGUAUUACAAACACUCAGGCUGUAAAUAUAACCACUCAGACUGUACACGGACUCUUCUGGUGCACCUCCACUCCAGCUCUACACAUCCACACCUUCCCUGCUCCUACUGUGAGAAAACACUGGACCUUCAUCAACCUCUCAUCACCUCCAUCUUCCUCUUCAGUGUCUCUCUACACAUUCAUAAACCAGCUCCGACUGCGUAACAGUGCAUCAAGCCAACAUUCAGACCAGUUGUGCCUUUACUUUUAUUUUGAUGCUGCCCACAUUAAAACACAAAUGCUAUUUUACAGAAUCUUUCAAACACCAGCUGCCUCAUGUCUGAACUUGCCUGCAGACAUUUACGGCUAAAAUACAGAGUCAAAGUGUCAACCGUAACCAUGUCCUAUUUUUUUCUCUUCUGUUGCAUUAAAACAAUACAUCAGCCCGGCAUGAAAGAAAAUGGGCUGUUUUUGAACUUGAGGUGAAACUGAGUGACAGUUGACGACUUUGGCUUUCAGCACCAAAUAUUAGAACCUGAAGUGAGAAUCAAAGCCUAAAGAAAUGGUGUAAGCUCGGGGAAAUAUUUAUAUGUACUUUGUUGAGCUGAGAGUUUUAUGAGAAGAUUAAUACCACUCUCAUAUCUGUAUGCUAAAUAUGAUGCUAAAGCCAGCAGCCAGUUACCCUCGUUUAUUGGCACAAAGACAGGAAACGGGGAGAAACAGCUAGUCUGGCUCAGCCCACAAAUAAAAGAACAGCAUCUGUAAUUAUUAACACCAUAUAUCUUGUUUGUUUAAUUUAUACAAAAACAGUGUAAAAACAUCCAUUUGUGGGUUUAUGUACUGUUGUGUGCUAAAUUAUUUAUCGGCUGGGUGCUGUAACUUACUGGAGUCUUCUCACAAUGUAAUUUGUACACCGCAUUUUUCAUCUGAAUUAAAAACAAAUAGGAUGUAAUGUGUUAAUCAGUGAGCUUUAGACUGGAUGGUGGGUAGAUGUUACACCCUGUUUCCAGUGUGUGAGCUAAAAGCUAAGCUCUGUGGCUGCUAAAUUUAUCUUCAUAUUUAGUGUGAUGACAGAUGUGGGGAGCGAUGUCGAUCCUCUCCCACGCCUGGUUCAUAAAGAUGGUUCUGCUUGAAAAGGUUGCAGAUUGAAAACCCAGUAAUGGACCUCAUUCUCAGGCCAUUUUCAACUCGUAUCAAACUCUAAACAAAGGAGCAGGUACAGCCAAAAAGUGGCCAACUGUAAUGUACAAUGUUCAACAUCAUGCAACACCAGGAAUCUGACACUUGUGUAAUUUACAAGCUGGUUAAUCAGAAGAAUCUGGAGGGAUACAGGUUAUCAUUUUAAAGUUCUACAUGUUGCCUACGUUAGCUUGGUACCUGCUAAACUCGGUUAGCGGUAAUUUAUUCAUACAACCAGAAUAACAGGACUCCAUUUUGAACUGUUUCGUAAAAUACAGGUAUUUGUAUAAUGUACACCUCGAGCCAGCUUGAUCAAACUGUAACAGUCUGUUCAGUGAUCAUCUGCUGUUAAAUGGAAAUACAAUUAACCUGUAAAUGUGCCUUUAAAUAACUUGCGAGAGAGAUAUUGAAGUCAGAGUAUUCUACACACUGUGGGUCUCCUGCUGUAUUUUUACCUUUUCAUUUGGGGGGGGGGGGGGUAGCAAAUGAAAAUUGAAGAAAAUCUGUGGUAUAGAGUUAUUCUAGAAUUAAAGGGAAAAACCACUUGAUUAAGUAUCUAGUAUAAAUGUACUUUUACACAAUGACGACUACCUGAAUUCUGCAUUUUGUUUUGUUUUUGAGUUUUGAAGCUGAAUUCUCAGCCUGUUUGUGUCGACAUGCAGUCUGCUAUCACACCAAAUUACAUGUGUAUGUUUAAUGUUAAAUGAAUCAAAUGAUGGUUUGUAAAGACAAGUGAUGCUCAGGUAGAUUAAUCAUGUAUCUAAAAAUGGAAAUUGGUUUUAUCAACAUGUGACUGAACUGGGGUCAGUUCACUUUCAGUUCAUUUGGAAAAAAUGUGUUAAAUUUUACCUUAAAUCUCUGAAGAAAUACUUUUAUUACUUUGACCAAAACAUGUAGAGUUACAGCUCUCAUAUCAUAGAACAAAGCUGUGCAGUUCUUUUAUAGAGAAAACGGCUCCCUGCUCACAUCAGCCGAGAGAAACUGAAAAUUAACUGACCCCCAGAACCUGCAAACACCUGCUGUAGAACAAACAUAUCUGUAUAUUUUAGCCAUCGUGGAAAGACUUUUAGACUUGAAUAGAAUUUAUUAAUUUUUACGUAAAGGAGAGUUGAUGUAGGUAAUUUUAGUUGUGUAUUUAUGUGAUUAUUUAAUGAGCUAUUUAAUGCCAGCCAAAGAGAUGUGUGUGUGUUCUGUGAGGAGUUUGGCUGCUGGAGAACAAAGUCGAGGUUUAAUGUGUAAAAUCUGUGACAUAUCUGUCGUGUUCGAUCCUUCAGGGUUCAGGUUGAGAUGUGAUGUCGGGGGGGGGGG